AUGCAGCGAGCCACAGCCUGGUUUGCUAUUGCGGCAAGCCUUCACGCCUCAGGGGUCAGCUCCAACGCUGGUUCCCACGCGUGGCAUGGCAACUCCUCGUCAACGAUUCCGUCAGUGUUCCCGCUGCUGGAAAACGUUGAUUCUGCGGAUCUUUUCCCAAUGUCAUUGUGUGGGACCUUUCCGUUGGAGGAGGCCACCAUUGACCAAAUGCAGGCUGCCAUGGAGGCGGGAACCCUGACUUCGCAGCAGUUGGUUGGUUGCUACCUUGAGCGGACGUACCAGACGCAAGAGUACAUACACUCUGUUCUGCAAAUCAACCCUGACGUCUUUCAAAUUGCUGCAAAGAGGGACGCAGAGCGCAAGGCCGGAAAGGUCCGCGGUCCUCUCCAUGGGAUCCCGUUCACGGUCAAGGACAACAUCGCGACGAAGGACAACAUGGAGACCACUGCCGGGAGCUUCGCCCUCCUGGGCAGCGUCGUCCCCCGCGACGCUCACGUGGUCGCCCGCCUCCGGGACGCGGGCGCGGUCCUCUUCGGCAAAGCGGCGCUGAGCGAGUGGGCCGACAUGCGCAGCAACAACUAUUCCGAGGGCUUCUCCGCGCGGGGCGGCCAGUGUAGGAGUCCGUACAACUUCACCCUUAACCCGGGUGGAAGCAGCACAGGCAGCGCUGUUGGUGUUGCUGCCAACGCCAUCGCCUUCUCGCUGGGCACGGAGACUGAUGGCAGUGUCAUCAACCCCGCAGAGCGCAACGCCAUUGUGGGAUUCAAGCCUACUGUUGGCCUAACCUCUCGAGCCGGCGUCAUCCCGGAGAGCGAACAUCAAGAUUCCGUGGGAACGUUUGGUCGCACGGUCAGAGAUGCGGUAUACGCUUUCGAUGCCAUAUAUGGGAUGGACCCACGAGACAACUACACCUUGCCUCAAGAGGGACGCACUCCCGAGGGCGGGUUCGCGCAGUUCCUCUCGACAAAGGAAAUCUUGAAAGGAGCCACUUUCGGUCUGCCCUGGAACAGCUUCUGGGUUUACGCGGAUGAUGAGCAAAAGGAGAUUCUGGGACAAGUCCUCAAGCUCAUGACGGCCGCGGGGGCGACCAUUAUCAACAACACCGAGAUCACCGACUAUGAAAGGAUCGUCAGCCCCGACGGCUGGGACUGGGACUACGGCACGACAAGGGGAUACGCGAACGAGUCCGAGUACACGGUUGUCAAGGUCGACUUCUACAACAACAUCAACGCCUAUCUCUCGGAGCUGGAGAACACCGACAUCAAAACCCUCCAAGACAUCAUAGCAUUCAACUACGACAACGACGGGACCGAAGGCGGCAACCCGUGGCCCCUCGGCACCGCCGCAUUCUACUCGGGCCAGGAUGGGUUUCUCGCCUCGCUCGAGUCGAAAGGGAUCAAAGACGAGACCUAUACCCAAGCAGUCGAGUUCACGCAAAAGUCAACGCGGAACGGCAUCGACGAUGCCCUCACCUCGGUCAACGGCACAAGACUGGCGGGGCUCCUGGUGCCCCCGGAUGUCGGCCAAACGUACCAGAUCGCCGCGCAGGCGGGCUAUCCCAUGAUCACGCUGCCCGUCAGUGUCCGGUCGACCGACGGGAUGGGUUUCGGUCUCGCCAUCAUGCAGACUGCGUACGCGGAAGACGAGCUGGUGAAGUGGGGGAGUGCGAUUGAGGACCUGCAGCUGACGACGGAAGGGAACCCUUACAAGAGGACUUUGCCGAAAUGGCACGAGUACCUGACGAGGAACGUGCCGGUGUUUUAG